GACGCCCAGACCUUCGUUAAAUUAUAAAAGUUGGAAAUUUUUCUAUAUACGUCUCCUAUACAGGUAUAAGCAAACCCAGAUUAUUAAACCUGGGUCGCGGUGGCUUUGGCAGGUAACAGGUAGUAAAGACAGUUUCGAUGGUUCCCCUAUCUUCCCAGACAUAAUGAAGUCCACUCCAGGCGUGAGCGCGAUGAAUAUAUAUGUACGUUGGUGGGAGUGAAAUAGCGCGAUUGGUCUACGGCGAUCUUUUUCUGCGCAUCAGCUGUCUUAUACUCUGUAUAAUACUCCGUAUUGUAUAUUAUUGUAGUGUGAACUGUUAAACGUACAACAAGCGUUUAAUAAUUUAUUUGCAAAAUUUAUUAUAAAAUAAGUGGUCUAGUUGUGAUAAAGUGUUGUCAUGGAAACGGAGGAACCGAAAAAAAACAAAUUAAGUUGUUUUAUUUGUAAGAAAAGUGAGGGGAAAUUAAUAUUGCUUUCUGAAGAGACAUUAAAGAAGUGCCGAACUGUUUUGAAAGUCAGAAAAAAACACAACCUUAAAUAUGCGAAUGUUAUUUUGCCUGAUGAAUAUACAGAUGGAGGUUAUCACCGGGAAUGCCAUAAAACAUUCACAGGCGUUAAUAAACAGUACUGCAAUUCGGAGCCUGCAGAUUUAAAAAAGAAAAAAAGAGUAAACAAAGAGUCGAUUAGUGUAGACAAUUUAUCUCCAGAUACACCGAUAGUACCUGAGUUCACUACCGAACUCGCAACAAAAUCUCCAACAUCAUCAGAACAAAAUUUAUAUUCUGAAUUGAUAAAGCUUCAGUGAUGAUUCGACCAUUUGGAUGCUGACGGGUACUGGAAACAAUGUGAGAUACGUGAAUCUAACAAAGAUACACGCCCAGUUAGGAGAAUCCAUUUGCCGAAGCUUGCCUGGUUUCCACGCAAUAACAGGGUGCGAUUACAAUCCGGCAUUAUUUAGAAAGGGAAAACUAAGACCUUACAAACUAUUAAAAAAAAACGAUGAAUUCCAAAAAGCUUUUAUAAAGUUCGGCGAAAAUAAGUUAAUAGAGGACAGCAGUGAACAGAAGAACAUUUUCAAUAGUAUUCAGAAAUAUAUAUGCAAUGUAUAUAAUGUUCGGAAUGCAAUUGAUGUCAAUUCUGCUCGAGUUCAGAUGUUUAUAGACUCAUACAAAGUUUCCGACAUUAAUGAGGCUUUCAAUCGAAAAAAAUUGAGAAACUUUGAUGCUAGCAGUUUACCACCUUGUGAAAAUGAGCUACUACAGCAUUUUUUACGAGCUAAUUAUAUUUGUACGAUUUGGAACAAUGCUCACUUAAGAAAACCUACUUCACAUAAACCUGAAAAUAAUGGCUGGGUACUGGAAAAUGAUCAAUACCAUUUUAAAUGGUUUGAAGGAGAUCAGCUACCUACUUAUGUCAGUGAUUCUGUACAAACUUUGUCAGAAGCUGAUGAAGACGAUGACAUUCAUGAGGACAAAUCCGCAGAAUGGAGUAGCGGUGAUGAAGAUAAUCGAGAUACCGACGAGGACGAUGAAGUUGAUUAAAUAUUUUUUUUGAUUUAAUAAUAAUGUUUGACACAUUAUAUUUUUACUUUGUAUUGUAAUGGCUAUAAUUAUAAAUAUAAUUGAAAUCUUUUUCGAUUGGUUCAA